ACUCUUCUCCCAAACAAGAGAAAGAUAACUAUAAACACUUCCUUCGUCUUUCUCCACCCUUUCGCUUUCCUAUUUCUCCUUACCUUCCAUUGAUUACUCUUUUUUCUUUUAUUAAGAUUCUGCUUUUAAUUUUCAUUUUUCUUUUUUGUCUUUUACAGUCGAGUUCAAUGGAGGAGUAGCAGUACAGUAAUUAAUGCAUAAUUUAUGUAAUCCUUGAUUCUUUUAUACACAUAUAUUCCAAUGGAAAAGUGGGAAAAAGAAAAAAAAAGUUAACCCUUUUUCUCGUUUUAUCUUCUUCUUUCCCCCCGACUUUUCUUUCCCAUCCAAACUUUCUUCCCAAGCAAACUGUAACUCAAACUACUAAUCAAUGAGUUUAUCGUUGCCGUUGAAAUAAAAACGUCUUGGACAAGAAAACGCACUCCCCAAUACUCAACAGUCACAGACCCUCCUCCUGUAACUGCAGCGCCAGUCCUCAUCGCAUCACAUCAUCCAUCACUGGCGAAAAACACUUUCUUUUUUUUCUUUGUUUGGACCCAAAGCCAACUCUCACGCGCACUUGUCCGUGACCCCCCAUCUUCUCUCUUCCAGUGACACUUUCUCUCAUCAUUUUCCAUAAAGCAUUUCUCCCUCACUCUCUCAAUUCUCUCCUAUUUCUCUCUAUGGAAUUCAGAUUCCGAGCUGCUGACAGUAGACCGCCGGAGUACUUCUUCCAUCCCUCGUCCUCCGGUACCGCUUACUUUUCUGAACAUGCAUUUCGAGCAAACUAUCAUGUAAUAGAUUCUACACAAGAUUCGGACCUAAUGCGCAACGAAAUGCUGCAUCGCGAGAUGGAGAAAGACAGAAUAAGAGAACAGAUAAUCAUGGAGGAAAUGACGAUGCGGCGUCGUAUACUGGAAGCUGAGGUGAGGAGAGAGAUGAUGAUUGAGAGAGAAAUCGCAAUGCGAGCAGUAGGAGGAUACAAUGACGACUCGUAUGAGGAAACACUAGAACCUACUAUAUUAGCACCACAGUUCCAUUUUAUGAACCAGCUUAACAAUCGCAGGGUCGAGGAUCGCCCAGCAUUUCCUGGUCGUGGCUUUCUCGAUCACUCGCCACGGCGGUUAUCGGAAGCUUGGGCAGGGCCUGAUGUUAACGCUGCUAAAGAAAAUAGCAAGGGUAAAGUAGUAGUACUGGCUAAGCCUGAUCCAAAUCUUUUUGGAGUAAAGCGGAAGGCUGCAACACCACCUGUAGGAGGUGCUCAUGAGCUUCCUUGUACUGUAUUAAAGAAGAAGCCUAAGGAAGAGUGGAGUUGUGCCCUUUGUCGUGUUAGUGCUACAAGCGAACAAGGUUUGAACAACCACCUUCGAGGCAAGAAGCAUAAAGCUAAAGAAGCAAGAUUGAGAGCAAAUAAGAUGGCUAAAACCCCCUGUUCUCGACCAUUGCCGAAAAAAAGUCUAAGGCAAACUAAGCUUACUGUUAGUACUGCAGACUUAGAAUUAGAGCCAGAAGCUGAAGCAGAAUCUGUUCAGGUUGAUAAGAAUGAUGAUGACACGGACAAGAAAAUGGGGAAUAAAGUUGCAGAAAACAACAAUGAUAAAUUACAAGUGCAGAAAAAUGGAAGUGUGAAGAGUAAGAAGAAAAAUGUGGUGAAGAAAGUCCUGAAAGAGGAGAGAACAGCAGAAUUCAGGAUGAAGAAGAAAUUUAAGUUCUGGUGUGAAAUGUGCAGGAUAGGUGCUUACUCUGCAGUGGUGAUGGAGGCUCAUGAAAAGGGAAAGAAGCAUCUAGCUCAGCUGCAGGAACUUGGUGAAAAUGGUGAAGUUGCUGUGGUGGCAUCAUCAUCAGAAGCUAGCAUGAAGGCGAAGGAUGCGGAAGCUGUGGCUGAAAACGCAGAAGAGCAGAUGAUAGAAAAUGCCAUAAACAAUGGGAAAAACAAAGGAAACUUGUGCAGAUAAUGAGCAGAAAACAGAAAAUUCUGUUACAGAAUCUUCAGUGGUAAUUAUAAAGGGAAGAUGAAGAGCCGUGAUGCGUACUGAAGGUAUCCUUUCUAGACAGACUUACUAGAGUUCUAAGUUAGCUUUUCGGUUGUUGAUAUAUUAUGUUAACAUCUAACCAGACAGACCCUUGUAUUUUAUUUGAGUCAUGGAUGAGAUGGUAUGGCAGCAGAAGGAAUUGCCCCAUAA